UUUCCAGACCUUUUGCCCCCCCUCCCUCCCCACCCCGCUUUUCUCUCAUCCACCUCCACCCGCGCGCGGCCGGAUCUAGGGUUACAGAGCGCCCCGGCGAAGAUGAGCAGCCCCCAUGGCGGCCUCGACGACCAGAUCGAGCGGCUCAUGCAGUGCAAGCCGCUCCCCGAGGCCGAGGUCAGAACGCUGUGUGAGAAGGCAAAGGAGAUUUUGAUGGAGGAAAGCAAUGUUCAGCCUGUGAAGAGUCCUGUCACAAUAUGUGGUGAUAUUCAUGGACAAUUUCAUGAUCUUGCUGAACUCUUCCGAAUUGGUGGAAAGUGUCCAGAUACAAAUUACUUGUUUAUGGGAGAUUAUGUUGACCGUGGCUACUAUUCUGUUGAAACUGUCACGCUUUUGGUGGCUUUAAAAGUUCGCUAUCCUCAGCGGAUUACAAUUCUCAGAGGAAAUCAUGAAAGCCGGCAGAUUACUCAAGUUUAUGGAUUCUAUGACGAGUGCUUAAGGAAGUACGGAAAUGCAAACGUGUGGAAAACCUUUACAGAUCUAUUUGACUACUUCCCCUUGACGGCAUUGGUCGAAUCAGAAAUAUUUUGCUUGCAUGGUGGAUUAUCACCAUCCAUCGAGACACUUGAUAACAUCCGUAACUUUGAUCGCGUCCAAGAAGUUCCUCAUGAAGGGCCAAUGUGUGAUCUUCUGUGGUCUGAUCCAGAUGAUCGAUGUGGUUGGGGUAUUUCUCCGCGAGGUGCUGGAUAUACCUUUGGACAGGAUAUAUCAGAGCAGUUCAACCAUACCAAUAACUUAAGGCUUAUUGCUAGAGCUCACCAAUUGGUCAUGGAAGGAUUCAAUUGGGCUCAUGAGCAAAAAGUCGUCACCAUAUUUAGUGCACCUAAUUAUUGCUAUCGCUGUGGGAACAUGGCGUCAAUCUUAGAAGUGGAUGAUUGCAGGGAGCAUACUUUCAUCCAGUUUGAGCCAGCCCCAAGAAGGGGAGAGCCAGACGUAACUCGUAGGACGCCUGACUAUUUCCUGUGAUGCAAAAGUGGUGUUGAUCUGCAGCAAAGGUUUGAUAGAUAGGUGAAGUUUCAUGGUUGCAGAUAUUUUUUUGCUCGAAUACCCCCUGUGUUAUUCUUAUUAUUUUUGCCCAUGGCGCCUUGGCUAUUGCGAGCUGCUUUGCUGCAUCGUGAUUCAAGUGUAUACCUACAGCUGGAAGGAUUCAUUGUGUUCUCACUUCUCUAACUGGUUGAUGCUUUUGGCUGAGGGGCUGCAGUGGUGGGUUCAAGCAUCAAGCAGCAAUCUGUACUAUGAAACAGGAAACUAUUCCCUUUGUAUUCAUUUUGUUUCCCCUUCUUUCUCACUUGUUUCACUUAUUUUUUCUUUUUAUGAUUCCUGUAGAGGUGAACAAUUGUAUGGUUCUGUGUUGAGCCGUUAGUUUUUUCUGACUGCAUCAGUAUUUGCCGUAUAGAAUUACUUCUAAGCACAAGUAGUCAAGUAGCAUACUUUGCAACCAGCAUUUGAGCUCUGCUUUCUCCUUUGAUUUUUGUUUUGAUAAAAGAUGCGAUGACUUUGAUCGGAUGAAGACCAUCACUAUCUGGAACGUGGAGACUGAUGGUCUGGUUUGUUCCCAGCAAUUGUUUGUUUCGUAUAUGCGUGAUCUGUGCCAUUGCAGACAUUAUCGGGAUACUUAUUUAUAUGAGCCCUGUGCUACAGCCAAUACCCACUGCUAAAGAUGCAAUGAUCAUGCUGAUUGGGCACGCUCCAUGAGUAGAAAGCAACCAAGCAUCACGGCUGAAGCCUGCAGUGUAGCCUUGAUCUGCGAACUAAUAUAUUUUGACUAGUAUACUAGCAAUUGACGAGACCUGGCUUCUAGAAGGCCGUGCCUGGUGCCACCCUGCCCAUAGAACGUGUCAUGUCCGGGGCAGCAGCUGGAAGGAAGCAGAUGACAUGACAGGGAAGCACAUCGAUGCGAUUGGUUGGCUUGUCCAUCCUCCUGUGUCGCUUUCGCCACCAGCCAACUCUGAACCUGGCUCAGGAUUACGAAGUCCAUGCGUGUUUUUUUUCCACGAAAAAGGGAAUAUAUUAAUCGAGGCCAAAAGAAAUACAAUCCUAACUCAUAGCUAAUAAUGUUCUAGCUACAUCAACUUUUUUUUUAUCUCUAAUGCUCUUUGUCCGGUGAACAAACGUCUAACCAUAUGGGUCAGGGUUGAACGGUCCUCUUCACAAGUUAUAACCAUAUGGGUCAGGGUUGAGCGGUCCUCUUCACAAGUUAUGGCAAGAGCAGUGGCGCAAUCUGUUUUCACCAUUAUUGGCUUUGAUGUAUACUACAACGCUAACUCAAUGUGUGUUAUGCAGGGCAGAUGUGUGUUUCCGAGGAAACUGCAGUAACAGUCAGUAACACGUAGUAGGAUCUUCCUUGAUGGUGACCACCAACACUACCAGUAUGGCAGCAUGCAAGGCACGAAAAGGCAUUUUCUUUGCCGUUAAGUAUCGCAAUUCAGUACCAGUUGGAAGCACACAUGGUGCUCUUUCUGGUCAUCACUGAUUGCAUGAAACGAUUGUAAUAGUAACACAUCAAUACUUCCUGAUUGCUACUUUGGACUAAACACCUCUACAGAAAUACUGUACCACCUAUGCUGGAACUGCUAGGCGACACAUACAAUACAAAAAAACAA